AUGGCGACCCUGCGUAAAGCCUGCCGCCACUGCACCACCUCCAAGCGGAAAUGUGUGGUCCAGUUGCCGAAAUGCACUCGCUGUGCCCAGCGCGGGUUGGAGUGCUUGUAUGAUCUCGAGCCCUUGGGCACUUCUGUUGCUCAAUCUGGCAAGCAACAUAAUCUCUCGUGGAGCUCAUCGAUUAUCGACACGCCCGCGUAUUGUUUGAUUGGACGUGUUAGUGAGCUUUCCCACAUUGAUCCUGCGAUCUGCCCGAUUGGAAACCCGAAUGCCUUGAAGUUUGUGCACCUGGGGUAUCGGCCAGUUCUGGACCUUCUCAAGUCAGGAAAGCCUGCAAUAUUCAUACAUCCAAAGCUGCGGAUGCACCGCAACUGCAAUCACUUUGAUGCCCUUGGAGAUAUUGAAAACGGCGUGACUCGUGAGAGCUUCAGGCGCCUAAUUGAGCUUGAUAUCAAUGUAGUGCCCAUCAUGGAGACCCUGGCUGCUCUUCAAUCUCUUCUCAUUCACAUUGGAACAUUCGUCUCAAACAGACACUUCACAGGGAAGGAUUUUCUUGGCCUUAUUUUGGCAUGGACAGAGUCAUUGCUGGCAUCUGCCCAGACUAGAAUGCCUCCAAAUCAGUCACCAUGGCAGGCAUGGAUAUUUGGCGAGAGCGUUCGGCGAACAAUAAUCAUGUCCUACACGCUCGUCAUGUCCAUAUCAAGCUUUGAGUAUGGAUACUGCUCCCAUUGGCUUUUCCUGGAAUCUCUUCCAUUCGACAGGCGCGCUGGUCUGUGGAUGGCAGGGUCACCACAAGCUUGGAUUGCGGGAGCCGGAACUAGAACCGGCCAGGAAGUCGGAGAACAGCUAAUCUCACUUCACAAAUUUGGAGAAAUCCUCGAUGGGUCGGAUGACGACUUCCACGGCGAUAGUUUCCUCGCUUUGGUUGCACUCAGCCAUAACGGUGGGGAACAGAGUAUAUCAGACACCUAG